AUGACGCUGAUUAAGAGAGUUUAUGUGGGAGAUGUCAUUGAGGAGCAUAAUGAGAGUCUUGCGGAGUUGAGACCACGUUUUGAGCGGUUUGGACGCUGUUUGAACGACGGCUUUGAGAGUCAUGGCCAUUUCGCUUACAUAUCCAUGGAAUUCAGCGACGAAAACGCUUUUUUGAAACUUAAAAGUAGUCUCAAUGGUGUCAGAUUUAAGCGCAAUGUGCUGAGAAUUGAUCUGGCGAAACCUAGUUGGCAAGAGUUGAGGGAAUCCCAAAAAGAAGAAGACCAGCAAAUCGCAGCAGAGAAAGAGAAACAGUUACUCAAACAACAGUGGGAAUACUACAAGAAGAUAGAGAACAUAAACAUGAGCUGGGCUGACAGACAACAGGUUAUGAGUGGCAGAAUACGUCAAAAUCCAAGGCCCAAAUCACAGCUGCGAAAUGCCACGUUUAGAAUUAUGCAAGACGAUGGCCAUUUAAAGGUCUAUAAAUGCUACAAAAACAAGCUAUGGGGCUACGAACGGAACAAGCAACCGCAAGAUCUGGUGGCACGCUUCACACAGCAGCGUCACUGGAGAGACGGAACCGGCCAUAUCGUCGACAAACUCGACUACUCGCGGGCAUCGUCGUGGAACAGACGGACCCUACAAGAACCAAUUCAAAGCGAAAAUACUGACAAAAUGUCUGAUACAGAAGAUGUGGCUCCUGAUAAAACUCACGACGUUUUGGAGGAUCUUUUGGGCGGAUAUGACUUCGAUAAGCCUCUGCAAUUGCAAGAAGAUGAAGAUUUGAGUAAUGGAGAGGAAACUAUUACACAUUCUCGCAGCGAGACUAAGAAAGACAAAACUGAAGAUAUUGAGGAGUCGAAGUCCGCUAUUUCAAAAGACGACAGCGAAUCUGAAGAUGAAUUCGUUCCCAGUUUCGGAGGCGACACAGCGAAACCCGAGGUCAACGAUGUUGAGAAUCUGCGAUCUUUAUUUAACCCUGACGACGCCGAAAAGUCGAGUUUCAAGAUUUUAGGUGAGCCCAACGAAGACAUCGAUGUGAAUAAAGCAGUCCCACUGCAUGUCCGACCAACAGAGACGGUUACGGAUGACGCAAUGGACGAGAGCUCUGCGAUUCCUGCUCAAGCCACCGCCAGAGGUUUAUUCUUCCCCCAUUUUUCAUCGCCGUUUUUGCAUUCACAAUCUCAAUUGGCUAAACUCAAGACUUCAAGUGACCUUGGCGAACUUUUCGCCAACUGGGAUACUCAAUUUUGGGAGAAUCGCGCUGCCUGGACAAAAGAGAUGAAGCGUAGAAAGAGAGACGCGGUAAGACAACAUCGCAAGAAGAAUUCAAAAUCGAAAGGAAACGGGAUUCUGGUAUAA